CAAAAUAUCGAUUCUCCAAAUUAUAAAUAUUCAAUCUUAGAGAGCGUUAUGGAAGAUUCCGAACUUCAAGCUAUUCGACAAGCUAGGUUGCGCGAACUUCAAGCCCAGCAUGCAGAGAGCGGCGGUUCCAAGUCAACGGAAGAAGACAGCGAACAGAAACGUCAAAUAGAAGAGACGAGACAAUCGAUGCUAUCACAAAUUCUGGACAAUGAAGCUCGAGAGCGACUUGCGAGAAUUUCUAUGGUUAAAGCUGACAAAGCGCGUGCAGUUGAAGAUCUUUUAAUUCGUAUGGCCCAAACGGGUCAAUUACGUGGAAAAGUAAGCGAGUCUCAGUUGAUUGAAAUCUUGGAACAAAUUAAUCAACAACAAAAGCCCGAGACGAAAAUUGUGUAUAACCGACGGAAAUUUGAUGAUGAGGAUGAAGAUGAUUACAACUUAUAAGGGAAUUUUUUGUUAUGAUUAUAUUUUCUGAUAAUAUAAUAUAUAUACGAAUAUAAUAGAAUUUUGACAUAUCAGAAUUUUGUAAUAAAGAAUUAAAAAAUAGUUAAGACAAAUUUGUUUU